AUGACAGUUUCUGGAGCUAAGGAUACGCUAGGAAUUAGUGAAUCUCUGAAAUUACACAAUGGUGAGAUCUUGGAGUCCUCUAACAAGCGUUAUCGAUUCUUGAGCGACCAUUCUUCUUCAUUCUUGGUAAUUCAAUUCGUGUAUUUGAAUCAUUCAGUCAAUAUCUGGGCUGCCAAUGAUUAUCUGGAUGCAUCAUCCAGACCUCGAAUUUCAACUAUGUCGAUGAAUGAAAGCGGGCGGCUAGAGGUGUAUGGCAAUGGUAAUUCGGAUGUUGCAGUAUUCACUGUGAAUUCUAAACAGAAAGUUAUGAUCAGCAAGACAAGAGCAACUCUGCUUGAUAAUGGGAACUUAGUUCUGACAUCAAGAUCUGGGCGUACUGUUUGGCAAAGCUUUGAUUAUCCCGCUGAUGAUACAUGGCUAUCAUCUGGAAUGAAACUUGGGAUUUCUCUGUUGAGCCAGAGAAGUACAACCUGCUGCCUGCAGCGUGCUGCUUCUGGCGCCUUCCCCUGGUUCUCCUUCAUUUCCUUUUGGCCCUCCCGGUGGAAGAAAGGAAUCGAAGAAUUCAAGGGUGAAGUUUUAUGUUAUUGGUGCUUGUGCGGGCGCUUUUCUAGCAGCUCUUGGAUUGCUUUUCUGGCGUUGUAA